AUGGGUGGUUAUCUCUCACUCCUAGGUCCAUCUGAGGAUGUACCAAAUCAAGGACGAUUCAAUAAACCACCGGUCCCAACAGAACCAGAAACUACAGAGGACAUAAAAGACAUUUUACAUGUGACAGGAGUAAAUUUUAAUUUACAUGAUGAUUGUAAGGCUCAUCACACCUGGAAGUUUACAAAAGAACAGGUGGAUAAGUGUUGUACCAUCAUCGUCCGCAGAGGUCAACCGUUUCAAAUUAUUCUCAAUUGUGACCAGCCCUUUGAUCAAGAACACCAUGAACUGAAGCUGAUCUUUGAGACAGGUGACAAUCCUCUGCCAACCAAAGGAACACAAGUAGAGUUGAUCUUGUCAGAUGUUGAUCAAGAGGCUCAAUGGGGAGCCAAGAUUCUGGAGCAAAAGGACAUGACCUUGACAUUGGAGGUCAUAACUCCACCCUGCUGUAUCAUUGGCCGAUGGAGCCUCAAAGUCCGAACACUGAAGAAGGCAAACCUGCAGCCAUCUCACAACAGCUUCAAUUUCCCCCAGCCUAUAUACAUCCUGUUUAACCCCUGGUGUAAAGCGGAUCAGGUAUAUCUCCAUGAUGAUGGACUGCUGCAGGAAUAUGUCCUAAAUGACACAGGGAAGAUCUUCAAGGGAGACAAGAAAAACAUUUAUGGGAAACCAUGGAACUUUGGCCAGUUUGCUGACCCUGUGUUGGACUGUGUCCUUGACCUUCUAAACAAACUCCGAGUAUCCGAUAGAGGUGACCCUGUCAAAGUUGUGCGCACACUCUCGGCUUUGGUAAACUCAUCAGACGAGAAUGGUAUUCUACUUGGUAACUGGUCAGGUCACUACAAGGGAGGUAAAAGCCCAAAUUCCUGGACAGGAAGUAAGGCCAUCUUAGAAGAGUAUCACAGGACAAAAUCACCGGUCAAGUAUGGUCAGUGCUGGGUUUUCUCUGGAGUAAUGACCACUUGUUGCCGAGCCCUUGGCAUACCCACACGCAGUGUUACCAACUUCAGCUCAGCCCAUGACACAGAUACAUCUGUAACCAUUGACUACCACUUAAAUGCAGAGGGUGAAUUUUUGGAUGACAAGAAUCAUGAUUCUAUUUGGAACUUCCAUGUGUGGAAUGAUGUGUGGAUGGCACGUCCUGAUCGCAAAGACCAGGAUUAUGGAGGCUGGCAAGCUUGUGAUGCUACUCCACAGGAAGCCAGUGAUGGACUGUACUGUUGUGGACCCUGCCCUCUUAUGGCCAUCAAGAAUGGGGACAUCACUAUGAAUUAUGAUGGAAGCUUCAUUUUUUCGGAGGUGAAUGCAGAUGUCGUAUAUUGGCAGGUUGAAGAAGGAAAGCCAUUGAAGAAGUUGAAAGUUAAGACCGAGAGUGUUGGCAAGUACAUCAGCACAUUCAAGCCUCAGUGUUUGGUUGAGAAAGAUACUUUCUCAUAUGCAAACCUCUUGUCACCCUGUAUUGACAAACGGUGGCAGGAUAUCACCUCAGAAUACAAAUAUGAUGAAGGCUGGGGAGCCGAGAGAGCUGCUGUGAUGAUGGCCAAUAUGACUGGUACGAGGAAACGCUUGUAUGACCAACCUGUGGAGGAGAGUCAGGAUGUUGUUGUGAAGGUAGUAGACAAGAAGCAGGUCAAUUAUGGAGAUGACUUUGAAGUUGAGUUUGAAUUUGAGAAUAAAUCCAAGGAGGAUCGUACUGUGAGUGGGAACUGGAGUUUAGGAAGUUUCUUCUCAACUGGGGUAUUCGCUUACAAGAUCGUCAGUAAAAAACUACAAGUUAAGCUCAGCUCUGAAAAAAAAGAAACUAAGAAAAUGAAGAUUACGUUUGGAGAAUAUGACCACAAGACCGUUGAAGGCUGUUACUUCAAAGCAUCAAUAGUAUGUAGUAUACAGGAGACUAAGCAGACAGCAAUGGAUGAGGACAAUUUUCGACUCAUCAAACCUGACCUCCAAUUGAAGUCACCAAGUGAGGUAAAGGUCGGAUCAACUUUCAGAGUCGAGAUAUCAUUUGACAAUCCUCUCUCCAAGAACCUGACAGAUUGUUGGUUGGAAAUAGAGGGGCCAGGGCUACAGAACCCUUUGACCAAUAGACAAAGUCCUGUACAAGCCAAGCAGACCUACAACUUUGUCAUGGACUUUACUGCUACCAAACCAGGCACCAGAACCAUCAUCGCUAACUUUGACUCCAAGGAGCUGGUGGACAUAUCUGGAAGCUGUGAAAUAGAGGUCAAAGAUGAAUGAGUUGUAAAGGAAAGGAGUCAAAGAUUUUCAACUGGUGACUGUUGAUAGCAAUCCUGGGAGAAAAACUUGUUUUUACCCUGUGAAUAUUAUCGACAGCAAUCGUAGGAGAAAAGUGUGUGUUUUAUGUUGGCAAUAUAGACAGUGAUCAUUGGAGAAAUGCACGUUUUGACCUUGUGAGGUCCCAGGACAAUAAUGUAUCACCUGUGAAGUUGAUCCCUGGUUUUGUGUCUAACUUCUGAUACUCCAACAAUGGUGGACUUAGUAUAAUUAGCUUGUGUUACUAUUGCUUGCCUGAAAUAUUGCUGUGUAUUGUUCACCAUAUCAUUAUAUAAUAAAUUUAUACUUUGCUUGACUUACAGAAUCAGCAGAAUUUAAUUUUCUUGAUACAUUGCUUGACUUACAGAAUCAGCAGAAUUUAAUUUUCUUGAUACAUUG